CUGUAGUUAGCCGGGCGAAACUCAUGAUAGGACCCGAUCGGCUGGGGCUCCUCGACUUCAUUUGGGCAAACGAGGUCGGUCGAUUCGAGGCCGUGAGGCCCUAGCUCUUUAUGAUUGCGCUCUGGUUCAAUGGGAUCUUCGGACAUGGCAACGGGCUCGGCUUCACAAAGGCUCUUGUCAUCAUCAAGAUACGAGUCCAGAUCAAAGACGUCAUAAACUGUCCCACCAAAAUCCUCAUCAUUGGGAUGCAGGUCGGAGGUGUCAUAGGCUAUCUCACGAAAGUCAUCUUCAUUGGAGCGCGAGUCUGAGUCGGGGACAUCAUGGAGGACUGUUUCGUGGGUGGUUGGCUCGGCGUCGGGUAGUGUUAGCGCAUCAUCCAUACAUGAUUCCAAAUGAGAAACAUAUUGUAAAUCAUCAUAACUAGAUGUCUUG